AUGUCUGGCCAGAAUGUAACUGCAAACUCAGGUCCCACAAAGGAUCACACUUAUGGCACAGCUCAGGGUCACUACAUGUUCAUGGAGUCAGCCAGUCCCCGUGUAACUGAUGAUAAAGCACGAAUACUAAGCAAGCCUUACAAUCCAACGACUGGAAGCUGUCUGUCUUUCUGGUACUAUAUGAAUGGAAAUAGCUAUAUGGUGGGAACAUUAUCUGUGAUCAUUGCUCCUGUGGGCCAGCAAGCCCAACAGCCACUAUGGAGUAGGGCUGGAAGUCAAGGUGGCCAGUGGCUCUUGGCUACUUUCAGUGUUCAAAGUAUAGAGAAAUUUCAGAUAAUGUUUGAAGGUACAGUUGGGGAUUUUCCUUCUGGUGGAGGUAUUGCAUUGGAUGACAUCCAUGUGACCCCAACAGGCUGCCUUGGUCUGGCAGACUGUGAUUUUGAGCAGGGGGGGAUCUGUAGCUGGAUCCAGAGUGACUAUAUCUACAUAGAGUCAAGUUCCCUGCAGCAUCCAGGAGAUACAGCAGUGCUGAAAUCUCAAGUGAUACACCAGCAUGGAAUUUCUGAUUACUGUUUCACAUUUUGGUAUCACAUGUGGGGCUCCACCAUUGGCACCUUGAAUGUCACCUACACCGUUCCUCCCUUGGAUCCCAUAACUGUUUUCUCAUCUUCUGGUAACCAGGGAAAGACUUGGAUUGAAGGUUUUGCAGAUAUUUCUCAGGCAUAUGGUGACAUUACAAUGUCUGUUAUUGGAUCAAUAGGAAAUGGAUCCCAGGGUGACAUUGCUUUGGAUGACUUCAAACUCUAUCCAUAUAACUGCUCAAUUGUCAAGCUGUCCAUUACUUCCUCUAGCCUCUUCAUGUGUAAUGAUGCCUCCAACACAACAGUUACACAGGACAAAGUUUGUAACUUCAUCAGAGACUGCCCUUUGCCUUAUUUGGAUGAAGCAAACUGUGGUGACUGUAGCUUCCAAGAUGGUACCUGCCAGUGGACAGAUGACAGUACUGGCAUUUGGCAAUGGACCUUAGGCAGUGGUCAGUCUCAUGUCAAUUAUUCUGCUCCCAUGUAUGACCACAAUGGAAGUCCCACAGACAACUUCCUGUGCCUUGUCAGGAGUUUGGGCACAAAUACUUCCAUUUCUGAUCUUUACAGCAUCCAGUUUGGUCCCUGCAGUUCCACUUGUCAAAUGCAGAUGUACUACUUCAUUUCUGGACAAGACUCUCAACUAAAAGUCUUACUAGAACAGGGUGAGGAGAUGUCACUUCUCUGGGCAGUUCGUGGACAAGAGAUUGCCAAGUGGGUUCAGGCCACAGUUGAUAUACUGCGUGUAUCUACACCAUUCAGGGUACACCUUCAAGGGUAUAGCUAUUCAGUGGACGCCAUCGUAGCCGUCGAUGAUGUCCAGUUUAUUAACUGCAAUUUCCCAGUACCAGGAAAUUGUGACAACAGUCAGAAUCAGUUCCACUGCAAUAGCUCUGCCUGUAUCCCUAUGGCAGCUGUCUGUGACUUCACUGAUGACUGUGGUGAUGGCAGUGAUGAAGCUUCUUGUGGUCAGGGUAAACAUAUUCAGAAAGAGCAGCAGGAAAACCACUCACACCAGUCACCAAUGAUCGGCAAAUGGAACACCUAUCCAUCACGCACAGACUUUGAGGAAAGUUUGAAUAGCUGGUACAAUGACCAUUCUGGAUCUGACAACUUUGACUGGACCCGUUCACAUGGUUCAACCAGUACAAUUGGCACUGGCCCUUCACGUGACCACAGUAGAGGAACUUCCGCUGGUUAUUAUGUGUACAUAGAGAGUUCUGUACCCAGGAAAGCUGGUGACAAAGCUUGGCUAGUAAGCACUAAUGCCUUUAAUCCAACUGUGGGAUCCAAAUGUGUUAUGCGUUUCUAUUAUCAUAUGUAUGGAGCAACUAUUGGGAGUCUCAAUGUUUACACCCGUUCCUCUCUUCUUGGUGGCUUGAAGGAGAUUCUUUCUCUUUCUGGUAACUAUGGUGAUGCUUGGAUGCGUAAAGACAUAACACUACAUGAGACCAUGGAAUUCCAGAUUGUGCUUGAAGGGGUGGUUGGCAAUGGUUAUCAAGGUGAUAUUGGUAUUGAUGAUAUUUCCAUGACUCCAGAUUGUGAAAUUUCCACAGAACCAUUUCCUACUGGUUCACCACCCCCACCAACUGUUCCUGGACCAUGUUCAGCAAAUCUGUUUGCUUGUGAUGGGAACCGCUGCAUCCCUAAGUCUGGAGUGUGUGACUUCCAGCAGCAGUGCAGUGAUGGCAGUGAUGAGCUCAUGUGUGGUAAAUGCACAUUUGAAGUUAACCUCUGUGGAUGGAGAGAUCACAGCACAGGGCAGUUUGCCUGGGUCAGAGUGCCCUCUAAUGACAGUGCAUUUACUGGUGGGCCCUCCUCAGAUGCUAAUGGCUUGGUAGGAGGUGGGCAGUAUAUGCUGGUUCAGCCCACUAUGGGUGUGACAAAGGAUCGUGCCAGACUGGUAUCUCCUGUGUUCAAUGCAUCUGGCACCAAAUGUCAGAUGAGCUUCAAAUACUACAUCUCUGGUGACAGCACAGGCAGCCUGAUAAUCCUCCUUCAAAAGGCUUCUGACAUUGGUACAGACAGUGGUGUUGGUUUGUGGCACCACAUAGGAAAUGUUGGCAAUACCUGGCAGUUCUACACUGUUGAUAUAGGACAGAUUGACUAUCCCUUUGUGAUCACAUUUACAUCCCUUCCCAGUCUUCAGUUUGGUACUUGUGAUGUGGCAGUUGACAACAUUGACUUUAAGGACUGCAAGGCAGGUCAGAUUGCAAACAGCACAGGUAAUGGUAGAGACACAGGUGUCAUAGGCGAUGGUAAAGAUACAGAUGUCAACAUGUUGACAUUGGGGGAAGGGUUAUUGUAA